CUCCCAACAAUACUGUCCUUUGCCGCGAAAAGUGCAGUAAUUUUCCUGGGCUGGCUACAGCCAUAAUGGCUGCUGUUUAUUCGGAAAAGGAGGGUAGUUUGCAAUCAAAUAAUGAAAGUUCGUCCACUGAAUAUGAGAAAGCCGCAGUCCAAGAGGUUAGCGUUGAUCCAGUACGCAAUAUCAAAACAUUUGAUGCUGAAAACACCAUCGAAGAAAUGGAAUUAGCUCUCAGUGGCCCAAUAUUGAAAGCCCAGGGCCACGCCGAAGUUGUUGCAACCAAUGCUGCAGUUCCAGCCGUUAAGAUUAAAAUAGAAGAAUUGGAUGAAGAUGAAUGUGUUUCUGUAUAUCAGGAAGAGGCCAAAGAAGGAUUGGAUGGUAGGACCACCAAGAAAGAAGACUUGUCUGAGAGAGAUCAAAUUGCCGAUGGGGAUUGGCUAUUUUGCUGUGAGGAUAGCAGUGUGGCCUUUGGGAACAAGGAGGGUUACCUAGAGCAACAUAGGAAGAAAAUCCACGAUGGUCCCAUAGUCUGCCUGGACACAGAUUCACAAUGGGAUAACCUGCUCGUCUCAACAGAUGGAGGCCAGAGAACGUUUUGCUGUGCUGUGUGCGGGCAGAGAUGUUCAAGCUCGACAGAGUUUUUUCAACAUCAACUUGCGCACCGGAAUCAAGAGAUUAAACAGGAGAUAGAUGCUGGCCACCACAAGGGUAUGGUAAAACCGAAAAGGUUUCAGUGCAAGGAUUGUGGCAAAGCAUUUUUCUCUAUUGGUCAGUGUCUCAACCAUCAGCGCUCUCAUAAACAGGCCUCAAAGUCUGUGUUUCAUCAGCUUGCCCAUUUAAAGAAAAAAUCGUUCCAGUGUCCCACUUGUGGACGCUGUUACUCUCGCGCUUCGGCCCUUGACGCACACCGUCACUGCCAUGAAGUGAAGCUGGUGAAAUCCAAAAGCUUUGAAACAACUGAAAAACCUCCGUCACUUAUUGAUGAGCCAGGUCAAGCUGAAAGCAGUGAGGCAAAACUUGAACAGACUGGCGAUCAUCAGCAAAAUGUGUAUCAGUGCAUUUGUGGCAAAUCUUUUCGGACAAUAGGUGGCCUUGGAACGCACCAGAGAUUCUCACGCAGCUGUUCAGAUGGGAAGGUGAAAGUAAAGGUGAAGGAGAAAAUCAAACAUCAGUUUGAAUGCUCUGAAUGUGAUAAGACCUUUGCUAGCGCUGCGGCUCUGACAGCACAUCAGCACUGGCAUAAAAGACGAUCUGUCGGCGAUGGCCAGCUAUGUAAAUGUACAGAGUGUGGCAAGAACUUCACUUCGCUCUCAUUCCUCAGUAAGCACCAGACAAAAUUUCACAGCAAAGAGCUGCCAGCAAAAUCAUUCCUUCAUCAAGUUUGCCAGCUUAAGAAGAAAGCGUUUGAGUGUCAGGAAUGUGGUCGCCGGUUUUCACGGUUGUCCGCUCUGCAGUCUCAUCAGCUCUAUCAUACCGACGUCUUCCAUGACAUUGCAAAGAGGGGCGGAGUAAAAAUAUUCCAGGACGAGGAAGACGACUAUGAUUUUGGGUCCACCGUGUAUUCUCAGCACACAGAAAAGACAGUGAAAGGCUCCGAUGAGGUUCUAGAUGUUGAGACUAUAGAUGUUGAUUAUGAAAUCGUCCGCGUCACAGCCUCAGACUAUGUUGAGAGCAAUAGUGGUCAGGAUCCAAAUCCCGAGCUGGUGUUGGUGUGCGAAUCUGAUCAAGAGGAAAAGGAUGACAUUAGUUUGAGCUUAAUGCAGACAGAUGCAUCUACAGCUUCCCCCGUGCAGUUGUCUCCAGAUGAUGUAAAAAUUGUACAGAUUGAUUUUGAGCAUUUAAAUGACGAAACGUUAAAAAACGAUGUAAUAAUGAGCAAAAGUUCCCCUCAAGAGUCUGAGUUAUAUACCUGUCCACGUUGUGACCAAACAUUCGUCAAAGCUUUGUCCUUGCAUCACCACAUGCUUUGGCAAAAAGAUUGCCAAAAAUUUAACAAGGAAAAACAUGAGGACAGAGUUGCUCACAAAUCAUACCAGCUUUCAGAUCUGGAGAAGAACAGUAUUAAAUGUGAGGAGUGUGGCGUCAGCUUUUCCAGUCUGUCUGCAUUGCAGUCUCACCAACAGAGUCACAGGAUCACAGAAAAACCAUUUGCAUGCUUGCAAUGUGACAGAAGCUAUUUAACUGCAGCUGGUCUAUACAAUCAUCAGAAAGUUUGCUGUGGGAGAAAACCCAGCGUUAAUAAUGUCAAAGAAGAAGGAAAGACGAAACAUUUCAAUCCAACCAAGUCGCUUUUGGGCCCAAAGGUUCAUCACUGUAAAAAAUGUGGUAAAGGUUUUUGGUCUUUGGGCGCUUUCUAUCAUCACAAGCAGUACCACGUACAGUGUGCAGAUGUUGAGAGGUCUACAUCUGAGCCUGAGAUUGGUCACAUUCGACGCAGGAAAAAGGGUCGGGGGGGCCGUAGGCAUGGCCAGAGGAAAGAAUACUCCAAAGAGAAAUAUGAAUGUGAAGUGUGUGGUAAAUCGUACCACAUGCUGGCUUGUUUCCUUAAACACAAGCUGUCCCAUGAUGCCAAUGGUCUCCAGCGUGCUGUUAAGUCUUUUGAUUAUCAACUCGAAAACUUGAAGAAGAACUCGUACCAAUGUCCCGACUGUGGAAAGGGUUUCUCCCGUGCCAUGGCGCUGCAGUUUCACAUGAAGUGCCAUGGCUAUGAUAGCGGCCUUCGCGUGAUUGAAUCUGCUCAUUUGCCACUAAGUCCUAAGAAGCUUCGAUGCCCAACAUGCAAUGCUUCAUUUACGUGUGAGUCAUUGCUAGUAGAUCAUCAAAAAAGCUGUUCAAAACCCAACAACGAUGCAGAAUAUCCACAAGAAUGUGAAACAACAGGAAUAGAGGAGCAAGUUGCAUCGUCUCAAAACGCUGAAAAUGUAGUGGUACAUAGCACAGAUUCCGUAACAGAACAGAAAACACCAUUAGCCACUUUGAAGUAUAAAUGUCGUGACUGUAACAGAAGCUUUUCGGUAAUUGGUGCGCUUAAUUUUCACAAGAGGAUUCACGUCCAAGGUUAUACAACUAAGAAGUUAAGAGCUGAACCAGCAAGGCAGCCGAAGGUUGCAAGGGUAAAACUAGAGCCAAGUUUACCAAACGCGCCUUUCGCUUGUCCUGAAUGCGGAAGAUUCUUCAGCACAAAUUCAGCUCUUGGCACACAUAAGCGUUGGCACAAAGACAAAAAAUUCGCCAGAUUUCUGUCAAGGAGUUAUAAGAAAUGCUCAAGGAAAAGUGUGGACGGUGGACCUUAUUUGUGCAAUUUAUGUGGCAAGGGAUUCUUCUACCUUUGUGUUCUUCGCAGGCAUCAGCUGCAUCACCCUCGCAUGGAGUCUCAACACCAAGAGCAAGCUGACCGUCAAUCAAAGGACCGUUUCACCUGUCCAGAUUGUCCGAUGUCUUUCUCGAGUGGUUCUCUUCUAACAGCUCAUUUUACAGACACGCAUGGCAAGCUUGAUAAUACUGACAAAGUGCAGUCUGAGAUCUCCGAUACUGUGGAAUCAGAUCCACCUCUCCAAAAAAAGUGCAAAAUGAUCACCAAGAAAGGAAAGCCCAAGGCGCGGUAUAAGUGCCCUUACUGUCCUAAAAGGUUUUUGAAUGAACGUGGUAUUCGUGCACACAAAUGGCAGAAACACCUCAAGGUUGAAGUACAACCCACUGCAUCUCGUGAGGAGCGUGUUUUUACUUGCUCUCCAUGUAAGUUGCUUUUCGCUUCUGAGGAGGCUCUUCAUAACCACAAAAGCUUUUGCAAUGCAAAUAAGAAAAAGCUGAAACCAUCUACAGAAGAGGAACCUAUUCAAAAGAUAAUGACCAAAUGUUUUUAUAAAUGUCACAAAUGUGCUAAAGAUUUUCACAGCGAGGAACAGUUAAAUGCACAUAAGGAGCUGGCAAAAAGUCGACCGCACACUUGUGCUCUUUGCUGCCGUGGUUACUGGACUGAAAGCCAGCUGCAGCAGCAUCUCGCAUGGCACGAUGAAGUACGCCGUCGCCUCCCAACCGAACUGAGAUACAGACUCAGUACUUCAGGGUCCAAACUGAAGGCUUUACCACAUAAAUCCACAUCCAAGGUCAAUUACUCCGUGCUGCUUUCUAAUCCAGAGCCCAACUUUCAGUGUCAGCAUUGUGAGAAAAGCUUCUUGUCACCUCAUGCUUUACAGCAGCACCAGGCUGUUCACAAAUCUGAGGAACCUUUUCAAUGUUCUCUGUGUCCACAGAUAUUUCAUGAUAUCAGAGAUCUUAUUGACCACCAUCAGGAGUGUUUGGGUGAUAAGGAGAGAAAGGACAGUAAGUUGAUUCCUCCAGAAAGAGAUGCUGGGAACCUGACGUGCAUUGAGUGUGGACAUUCCUUUAACAAGGAAGAAGAGCUGCAUCAGCAUUAUAUUGCACAUGCACGUGGAGAGUUCUGAAAAUAUAUGUAUAAAGAUGGAAUGCUGAUAUUUUUUCUCUAUCACAGAUUGACCAUAUUUACACUGGUUUAUUUUAACACUAUAAACACUGUUUUGUUAUAUAGUGUUGCUUGUUCAGUACAGUAAAACUGUUUGGAAAACAGGAAAAAGGAAGAUGCUUUUAGUUUUAACCUUUUUGCUUAAAUAGAUGUAGGGAGAUGGAAACAUGGCUGCUGAAAGCAGACCAUUACUAAAAGUACGUAAAAUUGUGUUGUUACUUUAAAUCGUAUUAGAUCUCUGCUGUGUAACCGAUGCCCAUGCUGUUCUCAAGUUAACUCUUCUUAAUAUGUAUUUAGACAUUUUCCUCACGUUUUCCUGCAGUUUAAUAUGUAUAUUAUUGCUUUGUCACCCUGAAAGAGUUUUCAAUAUUUGAAACUGCCAAGGUGUUUGUUAAAUAUUGCUUGUAAAUGUUGUUGGAGUUGUAGAAAUGUUUUUUUUCUAAGCAUCAAUUAAAUCUGAAUAUUAUGCUUGAAUCUGUUCAUCUAUGAUUUUGAUUUGUGGUUGUAUAGAUUAUGUAAUACAUAAAUAAUCUGACAAAUUGUGACAUUGGACGUUGCUAUCCGCUUGUUAAGCCUGAUGUCACGCACAACCAUAUAUGGAAGGUCAAAUACUGUUUCUGGGUCGAAACGCUCAAUAAGAUGCUAUAUGCAAACAACAAAAAAUGAUACACUCAUGGCGAGCUAUAAAACUAUCAGAAAACUGCGAUCGUAACCUUUAUCUUCAUAACGAAAUCUCACAUGGCCAGUCAGCGAUUUAUUUUUCAUAAUUUAUUCAAAUAUUGAUGUUGGCGAUUCCGUGAGCCUGAUGACUAGUGUAUACUUGACGAGUUGAUACAUGUUUUGCUUAAAUAUGCAAUAUGAGUAAACGGUGCUCAUAAACAGCUGUUUAAGCUAUAGCCCCGCUUGAAAUGAAUAGAUGCUUGGACCCAGAAACUGUAUUCCUCACAUCACCACUUAACAACCGAAUAGUCUGCCCUUAAACAUUUUCAUUAAAUUUUCAAAAAAAGGGACAGUUCACCCAAAAAUGAAAAUUCUGUCAUCAUUUACUCACCCUCAAAUUGUUCCAAACCUGUAUAAGUUCCUUUCCCUUGCUUAACACAAAGGAAGAUAUUUGUAAGAAUGUCAGUAACCAAACAGAUCUCAUCCCCCAUUGUGAAUUUUCUUGUCCAUAUGCAGCAUACUGGUUGGAUAUUGAUAUUAAGAAUGUAUAAGCUGCAACUUUGCUGCCAAAGGCAGUGCUUUCAUCCAGUCUUCACAAGUUGCAUUAAAACCAUUUUUUCUAUUUGGAUUCAUGGCAUGUUGAAGCAUAGAUGAGAAUAGUGACCAUCUGAAGAACUAAAGCAUCACAUUAGACUGACUUGUGAUAUCUUGAUAUUGCAUUUUUGUUUGUUUAGGUGUGUAGUGACUUUUGCCUAGAAAUAAUUCCAAAUUAGUGAGAUUCUUUUAGACAUUAAACAUUGUUUUGCUUGAAGAGGAAUUAAAAGUGCAUGCUACACAAAGAGGGGUACUUCUAAAGCCACAAAAAUGGUACCAUCAAGAUAGCAAUCCUCAAGAUUUAACUCUGACCAACAGUAUGUUAAACCCGGUCUCAAGGAGUCGCUCACAAAAUAUUGUACAUAUUUCCCUGCUGACAUACUUUAUGUACUGAAUGCCUUAAAGACUGCUAAUGUGACACAUUGUCACAUGUUUUAUUUUGUGGUACUUUAUCAGACCUGCUUUUGCCUAAAUUUUGUAAUCUUUACAGGUAUCCAGUUCACAUGUAUAUCUAUUAUAAAAACAGUGAAUGUAAGUUCUAUAUAAAAGUGUUCAAUUAAAUGGUCAUAAUUUCAGUGAAACUGUGUUUCUUCAUUGCCUUUAUCGAUAGGAAUUGCAUGUUUAUUUUUUCAUGAAAGGACAAGAGCUAUGGCCUCUUCAUACAAGUAUGCACAUUAAAUCUGGGGUCAACUUUAAAUACCGUCAAAAAAUCAUGCUCAUGUACAAGUACAGUAUACAACUGUUCCAUUUAGUUAAGCUGACCAAUAAAACUAUUUACAUAUUUGUUUAGCCCCUAUAGCAAUCUUUUUGUUGGGUUGCGUUUGUAAUAGCAUAUUGAUGUACUACUCGUAUAUAUUUUGCAGCAUGUGAUGUGAACACUAUCAGUCAAUAGUUCAUGACUAAAGUCUAUUAAAGGCAUCCACAUGUUUUAAAUUAGUUUUGUGGAAAACAAUGUAAUCAUGUUUACACAGUAAUUUCACAAUGUAAGUCACAAUGUAAUUCCAGUCAUGGCAGAGCCAUGAUGCGUUUCUGCGUCAACAUGGGUUUCCUUCUCCUGUUUCCUCCACAGUCCAUGCAAUUUCAGUGAACUGCCCUUAAUGGUUAUAAAAGCUUACAUUUGUGUUGUUAUAAUAAUUUUGAUCAAUUUUCUACUUUUCUAAAAUGUGGAAAACUUUUUAACUUUAUUGUAUAUCGCAUACUAUAGAGCACUUUGGAGAACAUAAGCAACACUGGUCCAGAAGAACAAAUCAAAUAUCUUGAGGAUUUCAUAAGUAAGAUUUUAAAAAAUGAAACCGGAAGUGCUUCUGGGCCAGUGUUUCCAUCUUGCAAAAUGAUAUCAAUAUCAACUAGAUACCACUUUUUGAGUUAAACCUUUAACAUUGCUGUUGUGACUGUGUGGCAUAUUAUGGAGUGAAAUGUUUUUGUAGCAUACUGUUGCCGUCGGUGAAAAAUACUCUGUAAAUGUUUAUAUACAGUAGAUAUGUAAGAAUUGGAUUCAUAACAUGGUCAUGUGAUAAUGGUAUGAAUCCUCUUUCUCUCCU